GGCUUGGGUACCCCCAGCUGCUGAGAUGAGCCAAUCAAAAGAGACAAUCAUGCCAAGUCCGGAGCAUUUUGAGAUUGAUGCUUGCACCUUCCGUUGCAAUUCCCCCUCCCUUUCCGCUGCGACUGUCUUGGGUGUGUUUGUUUCGUCCAACGAGUCGUUGUCUCUCUUCCCAGACUGCUGUCAAGGAGAGAACAGCCCCCAGCGAACUUUCUUCUCCUUCUUGCAAUUGUCGAAUAUCCAUUUCCUUUUCUUCUUCUGCUUCUGCUUCCAUCCUUUGCUUUGUCAUUUUACUCGCCCAAAACAACCUUUCAACGGCCGCCCACUGUUUGUCGCCGGCAACCCACAACAACAACAUCCCGCAUAACUUAUCAUAUCGCCUACGCCUCUGAUGCAACCCAUUCGCUAAUCCUCUUCUUUCGACGAUACUAAUCCUGUUCGAUUCUUGCGUGUCGCGACAAAGUCGCGCACCUGCGGCUGUACACAAUGGCCACGACCGCCAACAUGUCGUCAAACGGCGACGACCCCUUCGUCAAUCCCAAUUCCUCCCAACCGAGUCCGCACCGCUAUGCCUCGUUCGACAACCAGGUCUUUUCCCUCUACAACUCUGGUUCUCCAGCUCAAGCGAAGCGCGCGCUUGAGGCACAUCUCAAGGACACAGAGCGACGCAUUCAAGAUGCCUCAAAGCUCGGCACUACUCUACUGCAACAGCGCAAGGAUUUGGCUGCCCGCCUGAAAGAAGUCGAGGAGGGCGCAUCCGAGGACAUCACACCCGAAUUGCAGAAGAAGUUGGAUCAGCUGGAGAAGGAUUACACCGAGAUUGGCAAAGACUCAGCUCGUGCCUUUUUGCCAAAGUCACGCAUUGUGUCAACAGACUUCAGCGCCGCUCCACCAAGCCCUGCCCUCUUUGUUUCCGAGGCCCGUCCUUCUCCUGUCAAGCGCAAUCCAACCGAGGGCUCCAGACGACAGCGCAACCAGCCUACCAAUCGUGUCCACGAUAUCGAGUUUGCUACAGAGAUCAGCACAUCCCUUCUGGCUCAAGUCAGACAGCUGCAAGCAGUUCUGGCUGAGAAAGAGAAUGCACUCAAGGAUGCCACAGCGCAGAAGGAGCAGCUCGAGACAGAUAUCACAAGCUUGAUGCAGCGAUUGCGCAUGCUGGACGAGAGCGAGCAGAAGUGCAAGGACGAGAACUGGAAUCUCGAGACACAGAUGCAAGACCUGACAGCGCAGCUGAGAGAGGCAACCGACAAAGAGCAGCGCUUGUCGCAACAGCUCAAGUUUGCACAGGCCGAGAAGGACACAGCCGAGCGCGAGCUGGAAGAACUCAAAGCUGCUCAUGGGAAGCUCAGUGAUGACCACGAGUCAGUCAAGAAACACCACGAAGCCGAGCUUUUUACCUUGCGUCGCGACGUCAACAACCAUCAGACAGCGCGUGAUGGUCUGCUUAAGAAGGUCGAGGAGUUGACAGCGCAAAACACUCAGUUGGCAAAAGCCGUAGCUGCUCGGUGGAAUGCCGACAGUCAGCCUCAGGACAGCAAUCGCUCCCUAGGCCGCGACAAUGGUGACUCGGAAGUCGCGACUCCAGAUGUCUCUCCUCAGAACUCGCCCAUCAAGCCCACCCCCAGACAUGGCAUGCUCGAAACCGAGACUCUCAAGUCUUCUCUUACCCACGCCCACCGCAUGAUCCAGAACUUGAAGAACAACAUCCAUCGUGAAAAGACGGAAAAGUUUGAGCUCAAGCGUUUGCUGCAGGAUGCAAGAGACGAGCUUGAUAACAAGCGCACCGACGGUGGUGUUGGUCUUUCUGUGAACAAGAAGCGUCGCUCUGACGACAGCGGCAUCAAGUUCAACAAGGGUGCCCGUGCCGACAAGCUCGGAGCUGCCAGAUCCGCUAAGCACGAAAUCAUCAUGGACGAUGACGAGUGGGAAGAUCAAUCCCUGAUUGAGAGCCCUAGCCGUCCUGCUACUCGCAACAUCAGCUCGGGCGUUGUGCCUUUCGGAAACUUCAACUUUGGCAGAACUGCUGGUGCUUUUGGCAAGCCCGAGAGCGCCGAUACUACUGAUGCAUUCGAGACUGCUGACGAGCGUGGAACCACCGAUGCCUUCGAGACAGCCAACGAGGAUGACGACAACACCAACACAGAGACUGAGGGCGCCUUCCAGACCGGUGCUGAGACCAUCAACGGCGAUAGCAGCGACGAUUUGACCGAGACUGAAUUCAGCCCUACCAAAGACCAAGGUUCCUCUUCCCGACCAGUAUCCAGACCCGGCCCGUACGCCACUAACAAGGCUGAGAACCGCCUCUCAUUCAUGUCCACUGCCUCAACGUCCGCAGACGAGUUCGAGAAUGUCAAGACCCCUGUCCAAGGUCAGCAGCCAAAGUACAAGCUACGCCUUAGUAAGGGUCGUCGCUCAAACAAUGGGUCUGCUCGCAACAGUGCCAUCUUUGCCAGCGAUUCUGCCGACAGUCCCGCCAGCCAGGCCAGCCAGAGAACUCCUGUUCAAUUCGGCCAGAGUCUCAGUGCCGAGCUUGACGGCUUGAGCAACGACAGCGAUAGUGGUGAGGAGACAUCAACCGAUGCAGGUAUCGAGUCUGCUCCUAUGAGUCCUGAAGCUGUCAUAAGACCUACUCUUGCCGAUGCUCCCAUCAUCACUGAGGUUUCGAGGCCCAAGAUGGUUGAUUCUGCUAUGAUGACCGAGCCUUGGGAGCCCGAGUCAAAAUCUGUCGUGGGUGUUGCCGCCGGCGUUGUCGGCACUGCCAUUGCUGGAGUUGCUGGUUACGCACUUGGCCACUCAUCUUCUCAUGACGACGACAAGACAGCACUCAACGAGACCCCCAAGGAUGUUGCGGAAGACGCCGUUCAAGCCCCUUCUGCUGCAACCUCAACCUUGCCGGGUCAGUUUGUUGAUAGCGAGCCAGCCUCCACGGUUGCGACACCGAAACCGUCGUCGGUAGAGACCGAGCGCGAAAUCGUCCCUAGACUUGUUCCUACGCCUGAGGUCAAGAAGAAUUUCGCUGGUAUUGUCUCACAAGACUUUGCACCAGUCGUUCCAGCCCAACCUGCGCCACAACCUUUGAGCAUGGCAAACUUCUCAAGCACCCACACGGAACCUGUCGCUGCAGUGCCAGUGCCCAAAGAGGUUCCACAAUUCGCCAUGUCGACAUUCUCAUCCUCGCAUACCGAACCAGUCACCGCGGUGCUGCCUGUCAAGGAGGUCGAAAAGCUGUCGAUGUCGACCUUCUCUACUUCCCACACCGAGCCCGUCAUGGCGGCUCCUGUGGUCAAGGAGCCCGAGAAGUUCUCCAUCUCGCAGUACUCUGCUACCCACACAGAGCCUGUGGCGCCUGUGUUGGAGAUCAAGGAGCCCCAGAAGUUCUCCAUCUCGCAAUAUUCUGCUACACACACAGAGCCUGUUGCACCCAUUGUAGAGACCAAGACUCCCGAAGUGUUGUCUCUCUCCACCGGCCCUGUCUCGCACACAGAGCCUCUCGCACCUGUUUCCAUGGCUAAGGAGCUUCCAUCCUUUGCCAUGUCUCCUUUCAGGUCAAUGUCAUCGGAGCCUAUCUCACCUCCUACGCCGGAACCUAUGCAGACUCCCUCCUUGGAAUUCUCAUCUUUCACCACCUCUCAUACUGAGCCUCGCACUCCCAGCAUGUCACAACUGGACAAGGAGGUCGAAUCAAAGAGAGAUGCCUACACAUUCUCGACCGUCCGCUCUCAGCAUUGGGAGCCAAUCGUUGAAGAAGAGGCCUUCUCUCCUACCAGACGCAGCUCAAAGCCUACGGGUUUGUUCCUGAUGGAAGAUGAAAAGGCGCUGCCCGAGGACAUGAACAAGAACAUUCCGGGCACAGAUGCCGCUCGACCUGGCGCUGCGUUCCUUGCAUCCGAAAUCCAAUUCCCACCUCGAACUAGCAGUAGGGAUGGUCCCCAGAACAAAUCUCUAACGCAAGAACCUCGUUUGUAUGGUGGUGCCAAGGGAAUUAAUCAUCAUGAACCAACACUCGUCUUUGCGGACGAGAACAACACAACUCCUCAAAUCGAGCAGGAGAGCCAGUUCAGACAACCGUUCGCAGAGGUGUCCAAUAAUGUCGGUACCAGUCAGCGCAGCAUGUCGAACAAUGGUGAGAGACCUAUCAUGAAGCGUACUUCCACUUCUGAGAUGGGAACUCAAACCGCUGUCUCGUCUGACGAGAUUGACAAGAUGAUGAGACGCAAGACUCCGUUGACUAUUCCAGCUGUCAACAUUGAUGAAGGAACACCGCUUAGACCUGAGAGUCCGAGAAGGGCUUCAGAAACACCGUACGCGGCCGAUGGUGCUAAUAUGAAGGCGCCUCGUCGCCCCGCCAGCUCUGGCAGCAUGUACAAGAACACCGUAUCGCAGCCACCUCUUCCUCCAGACCACAAUCAACGCAUUGCUGCAGCUGCAGGACAGAAGAACUUGUCUGCCGGAAUGGCACCUCCACCAAUCCCGACAGGCUCGCUCAACAAGCCACCUCCAUCACUUCGUUCGCGCACACCAAGCAUCAGCAGAUCCAUUCAGUCCGGACGUGGCACUGUCACCCGCGCCCUUGCACCGAUUCCUGCUGGCCGUCCAGAUCCAAUGUCGCCUACUACACGCGCCAGCUCAAUCUCAAGCUUUGUCUCUGAGGUUGAUGAGCGCAUCCAACCUGGUAGAGGAGUCUUGUACCCUGAAGAUAUGUUACCUGCCACUGAUCCUCGCAUGAUCCAAGCUAUCACUCAGACCAUGAUUGGAGAAUAUCUUUGGAAGUACACACGAAAGGCUGGUCGUUCUGAAAUUAGUGCUUCAAGACACAGAAGAUUCUUCUGGGUCCAUCCAUACACCAGAACGCUGUACUGGAGCGAGCAUGACCCCUCAACACUUGGCAAACAGCAGUCAAAGGCCAAGAGUGUCGCUAUCGAAGCGGUUCGCGUCAUUACAGAUGACAAUGCAUACCCACCUGGCUUACAUAGGAAGAGCUUGGUGAUAGUAACUCCAGGUCGUGAGAUUGUGUUCACAGCACCCACCGCUCAGAGACACGAGACUUGGUUCAAUGCACUUUCUUACCUCCUGCUUCGCACAGGAUCUGAGCGCGAAAACGAAGAGAUGACUCAAGAUAUGGUCGACGAGUUCAACCCGACUAUGCGAAGUCAAAGCCGUAACACUGUUCGCACCCGUAUGAGUCUCAGCAGUUACAACAGCAGGACCACUCGCAACUCUUCACCGCAAAGACCUCACGCUUCUGAAGUGCCGUCAUUGGCGAACAGACAGUCUGCGGCUGCCUCUCAAAGACGAGGCGCGCAGACUCCUGGUUCGGCUGAUGGGUCUCAAGGACGCAUGGGCAUCAUGGGCAACUUAUUCAAGAGUCCAGGUGGAAGUAUGCGUGGCAGCUUCUCCAGCAGGCGGAGUAAAAGUGCUAUGAGCACACGCCGGCCGCUUGAGCCGACGAUCUAUGAUGCAAGUGUGGUCGAGGAUAGUACUGAAGAUCUGGGUGCUGUGCUCACUGGACAUAUGCACAACCACGAUGGAUUGGAGAACGUGAGGGCGUGCUGUGAUGGCAAACAUGAUGUUGGCUCUUUGUCUAGAAGUGCAGGACGACAUGUCAUGGGUUCUAUGCGACACACCCACACCAACGGUACAGCUAUGUUGAGCAACCAACAUUUGACUGCAGAACCGUUAUCUACUUCAAACCGUGCGCGACGAGAAUAAGCCAGUCUGAUCUUACUGAUCUCUCGCCUUGCACCAUUUUCGUAUUUCUGAUUCCGGCCUGUUUUGCGGCAUGUCACUGGCUUGAUCAUUGUCUGGGACUUUUUUUUUAACUGUUUUGUU